AUGCUUUCGAAUUGUGCCAAAUGUGGCCAACAAGUUGGUAAGUUCCUUUUACAUUUCCUUCAUUGAGCAAAACAUAAAGAUAAACUUUCACAGAAGCAGAAACCCUGGGAGAAUGUGCUCAUUUUUAUUGCACGCCAUGUCAAAAGUUGAUUCUUGCGACUUUGGGAUUUGAUUAUGAAAAAGAGCAAAGACGAUAUAAUCGAAUGGACAUUCAGAAAGAAGCAAAUGCAGCGAUGAGAUGUCCGAUUUGUUAUAAAUCGAAGAUUUGUCAGAAUUGUCAGAAUAUAUUUAUAAGCAAGAAUAAGAAUUUGAAUUUUUGCAAAGACUGUGUUACGAACCCGACGAAAGAAGCGAUUACAGCAUUGAAAAUUGGAUAUGGUCUCCAAAAAUCGCAUAAUAAACAUCUUUUUCCACGCUGCAAAUCAUGCGAUCAAGUUUAUGAUUUCAAUCGAAGAAAUCCUUUAAAACUUUCAUGUUCUUGUACAAUUUGCGCAGAUUGUUAUGGUCAAAAUUGUGAUAAUUGUUGCAGUCUUUGCAAAAAACAAUGGGAAGAAGAAGCAAAUGUUGAGACAAAUCAAGUUAUUGUUGAUGAAAUUGGCCGAAUUUUGAGUGCUAUCAAGAAAAAUGAGGAGGAUUGUGUGCUGAUUUGCACUGAAUGUGCAAAAGAAGAUGUUGAGACAGAGUUCGUUUUUUUUCGCAUCAGAAAAACAAAAAAUGAAAUGAACUUUAAGUUAUCAGAUGUAUUUGAGCCAAAGUUCACGCUUCGAAAAUUUCAUUUAAUAUUACUUUUUAGAUAAAAAUUGUUAUUUUCAAAGAUGACCUCAAAAAACGUGACUUAAAAAUGCAGACUUUUUAAAUGGACCACUUGAUUUUUAAUUUUCAAAACAGUAAUUAAGCUAUAUUGAACAUGAGAACCCUGAAUUCCGGGAUUUUUGGGACCCUAAACUCGUUGUUUUAACAAUUUUUGAUAUAAAAAAUUAUUUAAAAAAUGAUAAUUGGAAUCUGCGACCUCGGUCACUUUUUUUUCAAAAAAAAACAGAAAAAAAAGCUGCGCAAAAAUUAAACCCUUUUUUCUCACAAUAUUUACUUUUUUAGCAUGAAUGUUUGCAAAGACUGCGCCAUGGAAAAAUUCGGCUAUGACGUGGAUUCGGAAGAAGUGUUUGAAAAUAUAGAUGCACUUGCGAUCUGUUCAACUUGUGCUCUCAAAAAACAUUUGCCAAAAAAUCAUAAAAUUGCUGAUUUUUAUCCUCUUCGUGUAGGUUUUUUCUCUAUAAUUUCAAAAAACAAAAUAAGAUUUUUGUUACAGUCAAAAUCAGCGAUGAAAGCGACUCGAAAGAUUUUGGCUACAAAAUUAGGAGAAAUUGAAAAUAAAGUGACGGGUUUCGAUAGUACUUGGGAUAGAAUGUCGCAUUUAGUAUCGAAAACCAAAGUGGAAUUGGAGAAAAUGAUGGCAAUUAUGGAGAAUUCGAAAAAUACACAUGAUCGAAAUUUGGUUAUAAUUUUGUAUGAGAAAAACGCGAAGAAAGUUGUCGAAUUUUUAGAUGCUAUUAAUGGUGGAUUUGGAGAUAUGUUAGAGAAAUUGAAUGUAAGGAUUUUCUACAAAAAGCUGGUAUAUCAUGACUUUGAUUUUAAAAUAUGAUUUUUUCGGUUACCCGGUCAUUUAAAAAAUCAAUUAAUAAAAAAGAGAAAAUUGAAUUUGAAAAAGUUCUUGGGAAAAUAAACAAAUUUUAGCAGCAGCUGGAGGAAAAAUAAUCUGUUUUCGAGAUGGCUGGAAUUCCAGAUUUGCUUGCCAAUUCUAAAUAAGCUAUAAUUAGCGUCUAAUAGGUCACAUAGACUUUAUUUUUCAGCAAAAGCCUGAACUUUCCGCUUUGAAAAGCUACUUAAAAGGAUGCACUUUAUUUCAGGUCACAUUCAACGAACUCUUUGCGCAAAAUUUGCAUUUUUCGUUGAAAAACGAUAUAUUGAGCAACAACAGUUCUAUUGAAAUGAGCAAUAUCUCUUUGCCAUUAAAUUAUGAAGAGGAUCAGAAAAUUGUGAUUCGCGAGAAAACAGCAGAAAAACCGAAAGAAGAUGUUCCGGUGAUUGUGAGAAGAGAUCCAAUGACUUUGAGUGCGCCACCAGCAACCAAGAAAAUGAGUGGGUUUUUUUUGAAAUUUGAAAAUUAUCAAAAUUCUUGGAACUGAUUUCAACUGGAAAAUUAGAUUACUGUUGAAGCGGUACACACAUAAAAAAAGAGAAAUUUGAUAUUUUGAAAAUUUCUCCCAUUUUGGCCUCUCAUUCAAAGGUUUUGUCGAAAAACUAGGAUGGUCUUUUUUAAACAAAAAGUUUGGGAUCUUGAAAAAAUCAAUGUUGAAAUUUUUCAGGCAUUUUAAGCGCAUGAAUUAGAAAAAAUUUCAAAUUUUGCAAUUUUCCACAAAUUCUUUUAUUUUUCUUCGUUUUUGUUUGUUUUUCUCUUAUAUACAUAUGUAUAUUUCACAAAUUUCAGGACUUUCCAAUGUUUUUGUCACCAAAUCAAUUGUCAAUCCUGACGUUGUCUAUUAUUACAGUAAGGAAAAGAACAAUACACAAUUUUUUAAAGUGAGUCUCACAAUCAGUUUUCUCCUACCAAAAUGAAUAUAUAUUUUAGCUAAUGCCUGAAGAUACAAUUUGCGUUAUGGCAAGAUGUCAUGGAACAUUUAAAAUUUUUAUCGAAAAUUUGAAAUCAUUCAAUAUUCGCCCGUUGAUUGAUGAGAUUUCGGCGAUUUUGGCAUUCGGUUUGUAUUUUCCAUUGGACGAUGUGAAAUUGACUGUUUUCAAAAUGGCUGAUUAUCGAAAAUAUAAUGGAAUUGUUGGGUUGAGAGUGAGUUUUAAACUCCCUGGACGUUUUUUUCCGAUUUCCGAAAAAAUUCAUUUUUAGAUGUCUGGAAUGAUCCAAACUAUUUUGAUGUCUAAAGCAAAUCGUGAAAUUUGGCAAAGAUUGGUGGCUAAUGAGAAAAAGGGAAAUGUUGAUCAUGUUCAUACGAACUUUCGAGCUGAGUAUGUUUUUUUUGAAUUUUGAAUUACAAUCAAACGGGUUUUCUAGAUUACACAUGGAUUUCACUGCGCAAAAACCAAAAUUCGAAGUUUUCCGACCAAAUUUGUACUCUGAUAAUGCUCUGAAAUUCAAAUGGACUGAUCAGAAAAAAGUUUGA